AUGAACUGGUACAAGUGUUCGGAGCUUUUCGAAAGAUAUACGUGGAGUUUGCUGUUGGCCUGCGGUAUCCUACCAUUACAAUUUAAUCCUGGGCUCCCGGGGCAAUUCUCACAAAGCCGUAAACAUGUGGUGGUCUGUAUCGUGAAGACGUUUCUGUUCGCCUUUGGAACUCCUGGCCUCAUGGUUGCGAUGUACAUUUAUGGCUAUAUAAGAAAUUUUCGCUUGGAAAGCAUACUGAUAGUAAUACAGCUGUGCUUCAUCUAUCUGUUCAUGAUCAUGUUGAAUGUGGUGAUGCUGAUCAAUGCGGACAGUUUGUGCGGCACAUUAAAUGCGUUAUUCGAACUGCGAAAUAAGGCUCACCAGAAGUGGAAUUGUAGUGACGCACAGAACGUGUACGGUCGGUUACUAUCCGUGAAAGUAGUUAUCAUUGAUGCGGCAUUGCUGACGUUUUCAUGGAUUAUGUAUUACGUGUCGCAGAAUGCAAGUCCCACCACGACACAGAUAGCGAUUGGUGGAUGCUUUAUAUUAAUACGAUAUAUUUUUACCGUGUUGGUGAAUUUGUAUCUGAUUGGUAUGAUGAUCGGAAGCCUCGUGCAGGGAUCGAUUAAUUCUGAGCUGAUAAGGUUUGGGGAGCAGCAGGCUGAGGAAGAGAUGGCAUCCGUGUUUCUGUACCAUGUUUAUAUGCUGCACUGUAAAAUUGUGGACCUAGAAAAGCAAUUUAUGACGGUCAUGAACCUACCGAUAUUGCUUCUAAAUUGUUGGUACUUUUUUACGAUUGUUUCCUCGAUAUACUACAUGUACACCUCAACGAUGAUCGAGAUAAAAAACCAAAGUCUGGGCAUGGAGGACAUCGUGAAGUAUUUGAAUUCGGUAACAUUUUUCCUGUUUCUGUGCGUGCAGUUGUACUGCACAAUUAUCGUACCGGCGAGCUACACUGAACGGUCGAAAAAAAUGUGUUCCCUUCUAAACACAAUCAACCAGCAGUACCAGAGUCCACGAAUGGAACGAUUGCUUAACCUGAUGACGCUAGAUUGUAUGCAUCGCGAGUACGGUGUUAGAAACUAUGAAAUGUACGAGAUGGACAGGGCUCUACUGUUUGGGAUAAUAGCCACCGUGACAAGUUACGUGAUCAUACUUGUGCAGUUCCACAUGCAAGAAUAUGGAUAA